UUAAACAGAAACUUGAAACACCCAGUCGCGUUCUGGGCAUUUACAACGCUAUUUUCUGGCAGUAUUUUAAAACAAUACAGAUGAAGCCUCUAUUUGCCGUUACUUUCGUGAAAUACGUCAACCUCCCUUUGAUGGCAGCUUGAAUUUUUGAUCCUCCUUGUCAGUUACUAACCCCUAGAGGUUACCGGACCCGCCGCUGAGCUCUGGAAUGGUCCCUGCUGGACACCUGCUUGGUGUCUCUCCUCUAGGCAAUUUGUGAGCUGUUUGGGGGCGGGGGAGGCGUGAAGGAGGGUGAAGCGGAGGGAAAGGGGGAGAGAAGAAGGGGAGGGCAGCACUGAAUUAGAUUGUUGAUAGCGUCCCUCCGAGGACUGCUAUUAAGAGCACGCUAUUCUGUACUUCUCUGCUGCAGAAGACAGAGUGAUAUUCGUGUUAGCACACGGCAUGUUGUAAAUGUAUGAGAUUUUUGCUCAUCCUGGCUUGGAAAUAAGAAUAGGGAAAAGAGAGCAACUUGAAUCAGAAGCUACUAGAAGAGCGUGCAGAGUUCUGCAGCAGUUUAUAUUUGUUCUUACAUUUUGCCUUCUUCUAACUGGAAAACAGAGAGACUGGCAUUUUUUUUAAACGGGCUCUUCCCAUAAUGGCAUUCUUGUAUUGUGUGGCCAGAGCUUGCACAGGAGGAAAGCAGGCUGCCGAAUUUAGUCACUGAUCUCUAUUAGCUGUGGCCUAAGGCUAUGCUGAGGUUUAUAUCCCAUUUGUAUUGUUGCAGCUCAAAAGAAGAAUGUUCAGAGGAUGACAAGUGUAUUCUGAGUAGGUAUGUUGUUUCAUUUUCAUAUGAAACCCGUCUAUUUUUUUUUUUUCCUGCUACUAUUGGUCAGAAAUCAGGUUAAUAGGUGCAGAAUAUACUGCAGUGCUGCAGUAUCCCUGUUAAGGUAGAACAAUGGUAAUGCAAGCUUAAAAUAAUACCAAAAAAAAAAAAAAAACCCACCCCAAACCCUAGCCGCUUUUAUCAAAUAAAGCUGCAUUGUGUGGUAUGCACAGUGCAGUCUUUUCAAAAAAAAUAUACUGCAGUCAACGCUUUCCUAACGAGGUGGCACUAUUGUUGAGUUCGAACGAUAGAAUCAUCAUUUGCUUUAGGGGACAGGAGGAUUUAAAGGAGCUACCUUGCAGCCCUAUUUUACAGAUUGGAAGCAUCGGUUUAAGGGCACUGGCAGAAUCGUUUGCUUGUUCUCCGCGGCAGCCACUGCUGUGUCAGUACAGUGUGGAAUGGAAGUCAUAGUUGGUAGUCUGUUAUGGAAACGCUGUUUACUGUUAUUGUAGUACCGUGGUGACAACAUGCCAUUGAAAUGGAAAACGAGCUCUCCUGCUAUCUGGAAAUUCCCAGUUCCUGUGCUUAAAACAUCCAGGUCAACUCCACUUUCUCCAGCAUACAUAUCUCUAGUGGAAGAGGAAGACCAACACAUGAAAUUGUCCCUUGGAAGCAGCGAAAUGGGCCUCUCCUCCCAUUUGCAGUCUUCCAAGGCGGGAACCACACGCAUCUUUACCAGCAAUACCCACAGUUCUGUGGUGUUACAGGGGUUUGACCAGCUCCGACUUGAAGGGUUGCUCUGUGACGUGACCCUGAUGCCAGGGGACACAGAUGACGCCUUCCCUGUGCACAGAGUCAUGAUGGCCUCUGCUAGUGAUUACUUCAAGGCUAUGUUCACAGGUGGAAUGAAAGAACAAGAUUUAAUGUGCAUUAAGCUUCAUGGCGUGAGCAAAGUCGGUUUAAGGAAAAUUAUUGAUUUCAUUUACACUGCAAAGCUUUCUCUUAAUAUGGACAACCUUCAAGACACACUGGAAGCUGCCAGUUUUCUACAGAUUCUGCCGGUUUUGGACUUCUGCAAAGUAUUUCUCAUAUCUGGGGUCACUUUAGACAAUUGUGUCGAAGUUGGGCGGAUUGCCAACACCUACAAUCUGACAGAAGUGGAUAAAUACGUUAACAGUUUCGUCUUGAAGAAUUUUCCUUCAUUGCUGAGCACCGGGGAGUUCUUGAAACUCCCUUUUGAACGUCUUGCCUUUGUGCUUUCCAGUAAUAGCCUUAAGCACUGCACUGAACUUGAGCUCUUUAAGGCUACCUGUCGCUGGCUACGCCUGGAAGAGCCUCGGAUGGACUUUGCUGCGAAAUUAAUGAAGAACAUACGAUUUCCACUGAUGACACCACAAGAGCUCAUUAAUUACGUGCAAACCGUGGAUUUCAUGAGAACUGACAACACGUGUGUGAAUCUCCUUUUGGAAGCCAGCAAUUACCAAAUGAUGCCAUAUAUGCAGCCAGUGAUGCAGUCAGACAGGACUGCCAUUCGGUCUGACACCACUCAUUUGGUUACACUAGGAGGAGUGCUGAGGCAGCAGCUGGUUGUCAGCAAGGAAUUGCGCAUGUAUGAUGAAAAGGCUCACGAGUGGAAGUCCUUAGCCCCCAUGGAUGCCCCAAGGUACCAGCAUGGCAUUGCCGUCAUUGGAAAUUUCCUGUACGUCGUUGGUGGACAGAGUAAUUAUGACACAAAAGGAAAAACAGCAGUUGAUACAGUCUUCAGAUUUGAUCCUCGAUACAAUAAGUGGAUGCAAGUUGCAUCUUUAAAUGAAAAGCGCACCUUCUUCCACCUAAGUGCCCUCAAAGGAUACCUGUAUGCAGUUGGUGGGCGAAAUGCAGCUGGUGAACUGCCUACAGUAGAAUGUUACAAUCCAAGAACAAAUGAAUGGACCUACGUUGCCAAAAUGAGUGAGCCCCACUAUGGCCACGCUGGAACUGUGUAUGGAGGCGUAAUGUAUAUUUCAGGAGGAAUUACUCAUGACACUUUCCAAAAGGAGCUCAUGUGCUUUGACCCUGAUACUGACAAAUGGAUCCAGAAGGCGCCAAUGACCACUGUCAGAGGUCUGCAUUGCAUGUGUACAGUGGGAGAAAGGCUGUAUGUCAUUGGUGGCAAUCACUUCAGAGGAACAAGCGAUUAUGAUGAUGUCCUAAGCUGUGAAUACUACUCACCGAUCCUUGACCAGUGGACCCCGAUUGCUGCCAUGUUAAGAGGGCAGAGUGAUGUUGGGGUCGCUGUCUUUGAAAAUAAAAUCUACGUGGUUGGUGGGUAUUCAUGGAAUAAUCGUUGUAUGGUAGAGAUAGUGCAGAAAUAUGAUCCAGAUAAAGAUGAAUGGCAUAAGGUUUUUGAUCUCCCAGAGUCCCUGGGUGGCAUCCGAGCUUGCACACUCACAGUUUUUCCACCUGAAGAAACCACACCAUCACCUUCUAGAGAGUCCCCUCUUUCUGCACCUUAAGAUCGUCCCUGCAACUGAGAUGCUGUAGUCCUAUCUUUGCAACGUGUCAUGGAUUCUCUUCUUUCGCCCUCCCCCUUAAGUAGUGUAUGUUAGGAUUAGCCUCCAGUAAUUGAUACAAAUAUUGGAAAAAAGACGACAUUGAUGUUCUUUGUGCUGUUUGUUUGGUGGUAACAAAACCAUUCUGGAAAUGUAUCCCAUAGAAGCUGAUGUUUAACAUACGAGGAGAAAAAAAAAAAAAAAAAAGCAAGGCAAAGUAUUGUCUAUAAGAUGUUUCUGCAGUACUUUUUGAUGCUGUGUACUGGGUGUGAGGUAUUUGUCAUCUUACGUUAGAAAGCCCAAUAAACCAAGUUGAAGGUGGAUUAUAGUAAAUGUACAACUGUGCUAGCUAGGCUUCAAAGUAAAAAGUUUUCCUUUCAUCUUUGACUGUGAGAUGUGAAAGGGAGGUAGCCCGCUCCAACAGGAAACAAUAGACAAAAGGUUGCCAACUCGCAUGAGCUACCUCCCUCUUUUCAUAAAGUAUUUUUGACAUAUCUGUCAGCCCACCUGUCUGUGGGGUGCAUUGAGAACACAUCAAGUUUCUUAGACACACAGGAGAAAGAAUAAUUGUAAUUCACGAAUAUUAAUUUAAAAAAACAGCAUGACCCCUCAACUUGUAAGCAAGGCUUUGGGGUUCUUUAAGUGUGUAUAAAUAUAGACACACACAUAUAUCAAAUAGAAGAAUUUUAAAAACUGAGUAGCACGUCAAACAAAUGCCAAAAAGAAAACUUUGAAAUUUCUUCCAAAAAGCAGCUUCCAUUAAAAUGGGAAUUCAGUAUGCACGUACUGAAUGCACGUAUGUAGAAUCAUACUGAAUUUAGGUGAAUAAGGGCUAGAAAUUUUGAGCAACUCAAUUUGUCAUUUGGCCAAAUUUUUCCUUCCAAAACUGUAAUGUACACCUUCUCCUUUGCUGUUGAGGUAACUUACAUAUUAUAUGUAUUCUGUAUACUCAGUUCAUAAGAUUAUUUAGCACAAAGUAUAGCAGCUCCACCUGGUGAGCUACUUUCGCUCAGUGAAUUCCACUUCCAUGUUUUAUUUUUUUUGUUCAAUAAAAACAUUUAAUGUCG